AUAGGGUGGGGAUGUGGGAUAAUAAUAAUUUUUUCACGGUAUCUCUAUUGUCGUUUGUCGUUUUGUCGCUGCUGUGUAAAUGAGAGGUCAUCUUUGAGUUUCUUGAAAUCAGUGUUAUUUUAUAUUGUUUUGUUGCUGCAUUUAACCGAACAUGUCAAAUAAUAAACGCAAAAACCCAAUGCUCUGUGGCCCUACACGGGUGCGAAAAGCACGGCGGCCUAUUUCUGAUGACGAUGACAGCAGUGAUUCCAACCAUUCAGAUCAUGCUCCACAAGAGCCACCACAAAACUUAUCUCCCCUUAUUGAAGAACCAAGGGAGAAGCUACCAGAGGAGCUCUUGAAAACAUUUUACAAGACACCUGGUAUUCUCAUGAUUGCUGGACUUGUUACCUGGGACAUGGUGGCUAAGAGAGAUAAGACUCCAUCUCAGCGUGCUCAGCCCAACCUCUUCACUUUCCACAAGUUUACUGAUCGUAAGUACCGCCUGAUAGUAAGCGGUUGCAGUGCCGGCCAUUCCAUUUUAGUCUCUGAAGAAGGUGAUGUUUACACAUUUGGUCGUAACACAUGCGGUCAACUUGGAUUUGGUGACACUGUAACUCGAAAUGUACCUGAACUGGUUCCAAGAUUGAAAGGCAUGAAUAUCAUACAUGCUGCAGCUGGCAGGAAUCAUUCACUGUUUGUUACAGACACGGGUGCAGUUUAUGCCUGUGGUGAUAACAAAUGUGGACAAUGUGGAAUUGGGAAUACCACCGCACAAGUACUUGAGCCCACACGAGUGAGACAUGCUGGAGCACCAAUAGUGAAGGUUGGUUGCGGUGCCGAAUUCUCAAUGAUACUGGAUUGUAAUGGCGCUUUGCAUUCAUUUGGAUUGCCUGAAUUCGGCCAAUUAGGGCAUAACACAGAUGGAAAAUACUUUGUUUCAUCUACGAAGCUGUCAUAUCACUUUGAGACAGUUCCUAAGCACAUUGGAUUCUUCUAUGAGAAAUCCAAAGAGGGACAUGUGAUGGCAGUAAAGGAUGUUGACAUUGUUGACUUCUCGUGCGGGAAUAAUCAUACGGUGGCGAUUGAUUCUAAGAAGCGUGCGUUUAGUUGGGGCUUUGGAGGCUUCGGUCGUCUCGGUCACGCUGAGCAGAAGGAUGAAAGCGUGCCGCGACUCGUCAAAUACUUCGAUUACCAGGGCCGCGGCAUUCGCUCAGUCUUCUGCGGCGCUACUUACAGCCUCGCUGUCAAUGAACAUGGCAUGCUGUUUAUGUUUGGGCAGAAUAAACGAACUGGUGAAGCUAAUAUGUACCCCAAACCUGUCCUGGAUCUUACUGGUUGGAACAUUCGUACUGUGGGCACGAGCAACACAUCCAUUGUGAUUGCGGCUGAUGACUCCCUCAUCGCUUGGGGAGUCUCUCCCACAUAUGGAGAGCUUGGAACUGGAGAGAUCAACAAGUCGACGGCGAAACCCAGAGAAGUUACCAAAAUGGAAGGCCUCAAUAUAACGCAAGUUACAAUGGGAUACUCUCACACUCUACUGCUCUGUGACAAUUCAACUGAGGAAGUGCAGAAAAAGUUGUCCCUGAUGCCAGUUUUCAACCCUUAAGAAAAUUCCGUACGCCGCUUAAGAUUCAUUCCAACAUUGCAUAUUUAAUAAGUA